GGGAAAAGGCGAGAGGGAGAGGGGGCGGUGGUGGGUCGGUGACGGGUCAGGAACGGUCAGUGGUGGUCACUGAUUAGUCAAUGAUUGUGAAUGAAGGUGAAUGAUGGUCAGUGAUGGUCUAUGGUGAUCAGUGAUUGGUCAGUGAUGGUCAGUGGUGGUCACUGAUGGUCAGUGGUUGUGAAUGAAGGUGAAUGAUGGUCAGUGAUGGUCUAUGAUGGUCAGUGGUUGUGAAUGAAGGUGAAUGAUGGUCAGUGAUGGUCUGUGAUGGUCAGGGAUGGGAUGGGGCCAUGUGUUCGGCUGGUGCAGCUGUGGGCUGAGGGCAGCGAUCAGCAGGUUGGCGCCAUUCAGGUUUGUGCCCCGUGUGUGGGUGCGGUGUGGUUUGGAGUGACGGGCGGUGCAGACAGCGUGGGGAUCUCUUUGCAGGGUGCCGGCCCCACAGGCAGCUGGUGACGCAGGAUGGUGCAGGUGCUGUGGGCCUGCCUGGCGCUGGUCUUGGCCAGCGGGGAGAGCCCGGCUCCGGAGCCCCUGGCAGGUGGACAGCCCUUUGCCGUGGUGUGGAACGUCCCCACUGGCCGCUGCCAGCGCCGAUUUGGUGUGGGGCUGCCCCUUGGCGACUACAGCAUCAUAGAGAACCGGGAUGGCCGCUUCACCGGCCAGAACAUCACCAUCUUCUACAAGAACAAGUUUGGGCUGUACCCCUACCUGUCACAGCAGGGUGUAUCCCGCAAUGGGGGCAUCCCUCAGCGUGUCCCCCUUGGCGCCCACCUCGCCAGGGUGGCUGGGGACAUCCGCCACCUCCUACGCCCUGCUUUCCGUGGGCUGGCCGUGGUGGACUGGGAGGAGUGGAGGCCCCUCUGGGCCCAGAACUGGGGCCCCAAGCGGAUUUACCGGGUGGCCUCGGAGCAGUGGGUGCAGGACCGGCACGGCCUGCUGCCGGUGCGGCGGCAGCUCCGGCUGGCCCGGCAGGAGUUUGAGCAGGCAGCGCAGGCUCUGAUGGAGGAGACACUUCUGCUGGGCCGGACCCUGCGCCCGGGGGGGCUCUGGGGUUUCUACCGCUUCCCUGACUGCCUCAACAGCAACUGGGCCAAGGACACCAACUACACUGGCCAGUGUCGGCCGGCAGAGGUGCAGCGCAACAACCAGCUGGGCUGGCUCUGGGCUGCCUCGGCCGCCCUCUACCCCAGCAUCUACCUGCCGCUGGCGCUGCCGCCCGCCCUGCGCCGCCGCUACGUGCACCACCGGCUGCGUGAGGCCCUGCGCGUGGCUGCCUUCGGGGUACAGGGCCCCCUGCCCGUGGUCGCAUACUCCCGCCUCUCCUUCCGCCGCUCACGCCGAUUCCUGAAGCUGGCUGACCUGGUGCACACCAUUGGAGAGAGCGCAGCGCUGGGUGCAGCUGGACUCGUGCUCUGGGGAGACAUGUCGUACUCCCGCUCGGCUGAGAGCUGUGCCAGCCUGCACCACUACCUCGUGUCCACCCUGGGUCCCUAUGUGGCCAACGUGACGGCAGCAGCCCAGGAGUGCAGCUACGGGCAGUGCCACGGGCACGGGCGCUGUGUGCGCCGGCAUCCCCAGCAGCUGGACAGCCUCCUGCACCUCGGCAUCAGCGCCAGCCCGCCAGCAGCGUUCCGCUGCCACUGCUACCGCGGCUGGGCUGGCAAGGGCUGUGCUCGGCGGGUUCAGCCCAGCCCUGCCACUUCCUGCCUGGCACCCACCCAUGCUCAUGGCUUCUACGGGCACAGUGACCUCCCGCCCUCCGACACCUGCCCACCACGAGGCACAUGGGGCUGGUGACCAGGGCUGGGGAUCGCUGCAGUCCUCUACCCUGGCAGCAAUGCUGCCUGGAGCUUCCUGGGGUCUCAUUAACUUAAAUAAAUCCUCCUGGUACAA